AUGUCGACACCAUACGAGAAGGACAUCCCGGCCCAUGCCGAGGACAUUGACACUGAGAAGGGCUCCGUCGCCAACAUGAAGCCCCGCACCGGUGACAUGGCCCUUGCCCUCGUUGGCAACGAACGCAUCGACCUCACCCAGGAGGACAACGACCGCAUUCGUCGCAAGACCGACAAGUACAUCCUGUCGAUGCUCAUUUGGGUCUACUUUUUGCAGAUUCUCGACAAGUCGGUCCUCGGUGUCGGCAAUGUCUGGGGCCUGAGCACCGACACCCACCUCGUUGGCACUCAAUACAACAGUGUCAGCAUCAUCUCCGCCGCUGCCCAGCUCUGCUGGAUGCCCAUGAGCAGUUACCUCAUUGUUCGCGUUCCAUCUCGCCACCUCAUGGCUAUCCUCUGUUUCGGUUGGGGUGCCGCCCAGGCAUGCAUGGCCGCCUGCACCAACUUUAGCGGCCUCAUGGCCUGCCGCUUCUUCCUGGGACUUUUCGAGGCCGGCUGCCUUCCCCUCUUCUCCAUCCUCACCGCCCAGUGGUACCGUCGCUCGGAGCAGCCUGUUCGUGUCGCGGCCUGGUACUCGACCAACGGUCUCGCCACCAUCGCCGCCGCCUUCCUCUCGUGGGCCCUGGGUCACAUUAAGAGCGACCACAUCCACGCGUGGCAGAUCAUCUUCAUGGUCGUUGGCUGCAUUACCUGCAUCUCUGCCCCCAUUGUGUGGUGGAUCAUCGACUCGGACAUUCCCACCGCCCGCUUCCUGGACGAGCACGAGAAGGCCCAGGCCGUCGAGCGUCUUCGCGCCAACCAGACCGGUACCGGAAGCCACGAGUUCAAGUGGCAGCAGGUUUACGAGGUCUUCUACGACCCCAAGUCGUACCUCUGGGUCGCCAUGUCGCUCCUCCUCAACGUCGGCGCCAGUGUCUCCAACGCUCUUGGCCCCACUCUCAUCAAGGGAAUGGGCUUUGACACCUACGUCACCACUCUCCUCAACAUGCCCUUUGGUGUCCUCCAGUUCAUCUGCAUUCUUGCCGCUUCGUACGCCGCCCAGGCAUGGCGCAUCAAGUCGGGCGUCCUCGCCAUCUUCGUCGUUCCCGUCGUUGUCGGUCUCGCCCUCCUCUACUCGGAGGGUCUCAAGGGUGACGCCUACAAGCAGGGCCCCGCUCUCGCUGGCUACUACCUGCUCUCGUUCCUCUUCGGCUGCAACCCUCUCAUUGUCUCGUGGAUGAUUAGUUGCACCGCUGGUCAGACCAAGAAGUCGGUCAUCAUGUCCCUCUACAACGCUGGCUCGAGCGCCGGCAACAUUAUCGGCCCCAUGCUCUUCCCCUCGUCCCAGAGCCCCCACUACGUUCCCGGUAUCCGCACAGUCCUUGCCAUCUUCUGUGCCCUCCUUGCCGUCGUCGGUAUCCAGGUUGUUGUCCUCCACGCUCUCAACAAGGUUCGCCAGAACCAGCGUGUCAAGAACGGCAAGCCCAGGUUCAUCAAGGACACCUCGAUGGAGAGCAAGUAUGUUGCCUUUGGCGAGGGCAACGAGGACACUACCGAUGCUGCUCCUACCGCUGAGGGCGAGGCGCCCGUCGCCCGCGUCAUGCUUGGCCAGAACGCCCUGCUCGACCUUACCGACUACGAGAACGACGAGAUGAUCUACACCUACUAG